UUUUCUCACCUAUAUCUAUAAAUAUAUAAAUCUCUUUUUAUAGAAUCCUGCAUAUACUCUCCCCACACCCCUUCACUUUUCCCCCCUUUAUUAGGGUUUCUUCCGUACACACACACUGUUCACACACUCAUAAAAACACAGUUAACACUUGUGGCUGCAAAUCUAGGGUUUUAUAUCAACACUUGUAGUUCCGGCGAUGGCGGCGGAGAAGCUUAGGGAUUUAAGUCAGCCGAUUGACGUUGCUUUACUUGACGCUACUGUUGCUGCUUUUUACGGCACUGGAUCUAAGGAUGAGAGGACCGCUGCUGAUCAUAUAUUACGUGAGUUGCAAAACAAUCCAGACAUGUGGCUACAAGUGGUUCACAUUCUCUCCAACACACAGAGCAUGAACACCAAGUUCUUUGCUUUACAGGUUCUCGAGGGUGUUAUUAAAUAUAGAUGGAAUGUAUUGCCUGUUGAACAACGGGAUGGAAUGAAAAAUUACAUAUCUGAGGUUAUUGUAAAGCUUUCGAGUAACGAAGGUUCUUUUCGCCAAGAAAGGCUGUAUGUUAACAAACUUAACAUUAUACUAGUUCAGAUUUUGAAGCACGAGUGGCCUGCUAGGUGGCGGAGCUUCAUCCCAGACCUUGUUACAGCAGCAAAAACUAGUGAAACAAUUUGUGAGAACUGUAUGGCAAUACUAAAACUUCUAAGUGAAGAGGUAUUUGACUUCUCAAGGGGUGAAAUGACUCAACAGAAGAUCAAGGAGCUUAAGCAAUCCCUGAACAGCGAGUUUCAACUCAUUCAUGAGUUAUGCUUAUAUGUACUAUCGGCGUCUCAAAGAACAGAGCUGGUCAGGGCUACACUAGCCACAUUACAUGCUUUCCUUUCAUGGAUUCCUUUAGGCUAUAUAUUUGAAUCCCCACUGUUGGAGAUGCUCCUUAAAUAUUUUCCUGUGCCAUCAUAUCGAAAUUUGACUCUUCAGUGCUUGACAGAGGUCGCUGCCCUGAAUUUUGGAGAUAUCUACAACGUCCAAUAUAUUAAGAUGUAUACCAUAUUCAUGGUCCAGUUGCAGACUGUUCUUCCUGUCAGUACAAAUAUACCAGAUGCAUAUGGAAAUGGCUCCACUGAAGAGCAGGCAUUUAUACAGAAUCUGGCAUUGUUCUUCACUUCAUUUUACAAGUUUCAUAUCCGCAUCCUGGAAUCUACACAAGAGAAUAUAUCUGCACUUUUGAUGGGUCUUGAGUACCUUUUAAACAUUUCCUAUGUAGAUGAUACAGAAGUUUUCAAGGUUUGCUUGGACUAUUGGAAUUCUUUUGUGUUAGAGCUUUUCGAGGCAAACCAUAAUCUUGAUAACCCUGCAGCAACUGCAAGCAUGAUGGGACUGCAGAAUCCAAUUAUUCCUGGUCUGCUUGAUGGUCGCGGCACACAAUUGUUGCAGAGACGACAACUCUAUGCGGGAUCCAUGUCAAAGUUGAGACUGCUUAUGAUAUCUCGCAUGGCGAAACCUGAAGAGGUUUUAAUUGUUGAAGAUGAAAAUGGGAAUAUUGUGCGUGAAACCUUAAAAGACAAUGAUGUCCUUAUUCAGUAUAAGAUAAUGAGGGAAACACUUGUCUACUUGACGCAUCUUGAUCACAAUGAUACUGAAAAGCAGAUGCUGAAGAAGCUUAGCAAACAAUUGAAUGGUGAGGAUUGGACAUGGAAUAACUUGAACACACUUUGCUGGGCUAUAGGCUCGAUAUCUGGAUCCAUGAUGGAAGAUCAGGAGAAUAGGUUUCUUGUGAUGGUUAUUCGUGAUUUGCUAAAUCUCUGUGAAAUCAUAAAGGGGAAGGACAACAAAGCUGUUAUUGCAAGUAAUAUCAUGUAUGUUGUUGGACAAUAUCCAAGAUUUCUGAGAGCCCACUGGAAGUUUUUAAAAACGGUUGUCAACAAGUUGUUUGAGUUCAUGCAUGAAAUUCACCCUGGUGUUCAGGAUAUGGCAUGCGACACAUUCUUGAAAAUUGUUCAAAAAUGCAAGCGCAAGUUCGUCAUAUUGCAGGUUGGGGAGAGCGAGCCAUUCGUCUCAGAACUUCUAACCACCCUUCCAACGACCAUUGCAGAUCUUGAGCCACAUCAGAUACAUACAUUUUAUGAAUCCGUUGGUUAUAUGAUACAAGCAGAACUCGAGGCCACUAAACGGGAGGAAUAUUUACAGAGGCUGAUGAAUCUUCCCAAUCAAAAAUGGUCUGAGAUUAUAGGACAUGCACGUGGUAAUGCUGAUUUUUUGAAGGACCAAGAUGUCAUCAGGACUGUACUUAAUAUAUUGCAGACAAAUACAAGUGUUGCCAGUGCACUUGGAACACAUUUCUUAUCUCAAAUUACCCUCAUCUUUUUGGACAUGCUUAAUGUCUACAAAAUGUACAGUGAGCUUAUAUCAUCCAGCAUUGCUCAAGGGGGACCCUAUGCUUCUAGGACUUCUUUUGUAAAACUUUUGAGGUCUGUGAAGAGGGAAACACUGAAAUUGAUUGACACAUUUCUGGAUAAGGCUGAAGAACAACCACAAAUAGGGAAGCAAUUCGUUCCUCCAAUGAUGGAUCCAGUGCUUGGUGAUUAUGCUAGAAAUUUGCCUGAUGCUAGAGAAUCCGAAGUUUUGUCUCUCUUCGCCACAAUUAUUAACAAGUACAAGGGUGCAAUGAUAGAUGAUGUUCCACGUAUAUUUGAAGCUGUUUUCCAGUGCACCCUUGAGAUGAUAACUAAGAAUUUUGAAGAUUACCCUGAACACCGUCUCAAGUUUUUUUCAUUACUUCAAGCCAUUGCAACACAUUGUUUCCGAGCUUUAAUCUUGUUAUCACCUGAGCAAUUAAAGCUUGUAAUGGAUUCUGUCAUGUGGGCUUUCCGACACACUGAAAGAAAUAUUGCCGAAACGGGGCUUAAUUUGCUGUUGGAGAUGCUUAAGAACUUUCAGAAUUCCGAGUUCUGUAAUCAAUUCUACCGGGCCUACUAUGUGCUAAUUGUGCAAGAAAUAUUUGCUGUUCUGACGGACACAUUUCAUAAACCUGGUUUCAAGUUGCAUGUAUUAGUGCUGCAGCAUUUGUUCUGCCUGGUGGAAUCUGGUUCCUUGACUGAGCCUUUAUGGGAUGCCUCUACUGUUUCAUAUUCUUACUCAAAUAAUGGAAUGUUUGUUCGAGAGUAUACCAUCAAGCUUCUGUGUGGUUCUUUUCCCAAUAUUUCAGCGUCGGAGGUUACUAAGUUUGUUAAUGGACUGUUUGACUCGAGAGCUAACCUUUCUGCAUUCAAGAACCACAUAAGGGACUUCCUUGUGCAGUCUAAAGAGUUUUCAACACAGGAUAACAAGGAUCUGUAUGCAGAAGAAGCUGCUGAUCAGAAAGAAAGAGAACGACAACGGAUGCUUAGUAUUCCUGGAUUAAUAGCACCCAAUGAAAUACAAGAUGAGAUGGUUGAUUCAUAAAUCAAUUAUACGUACUAAUUUCUCAUGGUUAUCUACUAAUGGAGGGAGGGAAAGUGUGGCAAAGUUUUCCUUUGGUGUUGUGAGGUGUAUCUUUAGGGCUACAAAAAGGCAUUAAUGGCGAGUGUAGAGAAGUGAUAGUAUAGAUUAUUCUAAUGAUGUAGGAAUGAAUAUUUUGUGUGGGGAAUUCUUCUUUUGACAUUGUAAAUUCAUGACAAGAAAAGAGAAUGUUAGUUGGGUAUACCUGCCAACUCUUCUCUUAUUGGUUCACUGUGACUGGGAUUUCCAAAUAGAUUUAAUGUAUAGACUGCUAGCAAGUUUUGUUGAAUUUUUCUUUUUUUAAUUCAAUGGUAACUACUUUCUUUAGUUGGUGAA